UCAUCUUUCUGUAGCUGCAAAAAUUAUAUUUAAAAGUAAAUAGUCAAAUAAAAUAAUGCCAGGCUUUGCGGGCGGUUCAACAAAUGCCGAUGCCAGUGGUGCCUCGGACUUAGACACGGAAUCCGUGGAGGUCCUAAGGGAACGUUUGAGUACCAUGAAACGACUGAUGGCUGAGCGCACAGCCCAACAACAGAAUAAUCCUGCAACGACUGAGGAAAUCUGGUCCACCAAACGACAUCGAUCGGCUGGCAUUAUUGAUGGCAACUUCCUAAGCAUCGCCUUUGGGGGUGCUUUGCUAGUUAUAGUCUCGGUUUCGAUAUAUGCUUUCUAUAACUUAUACCAUGCCAUACUAAAGAAGUUUCCCUCGCGCCAUGAGGAGUUGUAAGCCAAGCCUAAUAAGCCAACGACGAAUUACAAUUUAGUAUUUAGCAUCGAUUUUGUGCAUUUAGUGUUAUAGUUUGUACGAAUUGUAAAUUUUAAC